CAGCUGUGUGGAUGUAGAUAGAGUGUCUUCACUAGGAUACAACUUGAAACCUGCUGCUUGGCCAUGCCUUUUCAUCUGAGGACAGUGCAGCCUACCCAGGUGUGUAGGUUGGGUGGCACUGAUGGGCAAACAGAUGGAUCAGCCUUGGUGUUAGCCUCCCUGGAAGAAGUCAGUGUCCAUUCCAUGCUGCGCAUCAUCCAGCAGCUGUCUGAUCUGUCUAGACAUGCGGAGGACAUCUUUAGCAGCAUCCAUGGGCAGGCGGUUACCCUAGGAGAACGCAGUGCCCGCCUACAGCGCCGUCUGGCAUCCCUCCAUCACCUUGUAUCCCACCUGGACCACAGGAAGGUGCCAGUCCCGGUUUCCAAUCUAGAUGAAGAAAGUAAGUGGACAGUCCAUUACAGGGCAUCUUGGCACCAACAAGAAAAUGUCUUCCUUCCCUCAUCGAGACCACCAUGUGUAGAAGAUCUGCACAGGCAAGCCAAAGUGAACCUGAAAACUGUGCUGCGAGAAUGUGACAAGCUCCGAAGGGAUGGCUAUCGUAGCUCCCAGUACUAUUCCCAAGGACCAACAUUCUCCUCCUCUCCAAACAUGGUUUGCACAAGCUAUCCAGAAGAUGAUGAAGAAUACAGUCGGAAGUUUUCAGUUUCUUCAAGUGAAGAGGAAAGGCUCCUGACUGGGAAGAGACCUAAAACCCCAGUUCCUUAUGAGUUCUCAGACACACACACCAACUGGACCAAGUCACUCCCAUUACCCACUCCAGAAGAGAAAAUGCGCCAAGAGGCACAAGCAAUACAGACUGAUAUGGUGCCCAUAAAUGUUACUGGGGAGAAUUUCGACCGCCAGGCCAGCUUCAGGCGGUCUCUUAUUCACACUGACACUGUGGUAAGACGUCCGAAGAAGGUCAAAAGGAGAAAGACUAUAACUGGCGUCCCAGACAACAUACAAAAGGAGCUAGCAGGUGCUGGGCAAAUAGGUUUCAGAGGACAUUCAAUGCACAUACCGGAAAGCUAUAAUGCACUGGACAAUCUCGAGCCAUGCCUUUCACCUUCACUGCGGUCUGAAACCAGGGACUUCAGCUGCCAGACUGAAGAGGUAAAGAUAGUACCUCCUUCUGUUCGAAGAAUUCGAGCCCAGAAAGGACAAGGCAUAGCAGCUCUAAUGUCUGGCUCUUCUGGAAACAUGUCCACUCUGAGCGACCCUGCUGGAUGUUCUCUAAGACCCAAUGGCGAUCUGAAUUUCCGCAGUUUACCAAGGACAGGGGCUCGGGUCUGCCUGCAGUCCCUUGAGCAAAGGACAGAAAGCUCCAACAGGAUAGAAGACUCUUUUAUUACAUUGCCACGCCAGCUAAGCAAGUUGAAGGUGGAUGAAAGUGUUGUUCACCUAAGAAAUAACCACAGACCUGGAACACUCCCGAGGCCAAAAUCUCAAGAAGUUCGGGGAUCAGAAAGAGACACCUUUUCAAACCCAGCAUGUGUGGUGUCUCCCCAUGCAGCUUACUCCACAAGUGUCAUCCCUAAUGCCAUGUUGUCCUCUUCUUCGGAGGUGAUUGCCAUUAACACUUCUCAGAGCAGUGGGCAAUUGGACAGUAAACCAUCAUCUCAUAGCUCAUCUUCCAAUAGUAAAAGUGUGUGUAGAGAGCUCAGUAUCAGCAGUAAGGGUGAUCACCGCUUCUGUAGUACUAACUGGAGUGAAAACAGUUCAUUGAGGCAUUCUCAGGCCUCAGAUGCAAUAUCCCCUGGUGCCACAAUGAUCAUUAACUUAGGUGAUCAUAUAAAGCUUCCCAACAAUACAAACAGCAUGAACAAUGGCCCACAAACAAUACCAUACAAAAGAAAUGCAGCCUUUCAUAGCCUCCCACAUGACAGUGAUACACACAGUGAAUCAAGCUACUCAGAUGGUCGACAAAGAAACGGAAGUAUAACCAGCAGCAUUAACAGUACAGACCAGUGGCCAUGUGAAACUAGGGAAAAUGACAGUAAUGUUCCUUUAAGGAAACCAUCAUCCGCUGUCUCUGGCUCCCCUGUUAGUAAUAUGAGCACUUGUAGUUCAGACAGGAAAGCUGACACAAGUUCACUCUAUUCUUUAGACCAUGAUGGCUACUACACUUCAAUGCACAUAGAUUCUGGAGUUGGGUCAGGUAACCAGAGACAGCACAAUGGCAUUCAGAAUCCCCGUCACAGCGUCUUCAAUAUCUUUGAUAAGAAAGACACACUGAACCAGGAUGAUACAUCAAGUUAUAGUGACAAAUCUCUUACACGCAGCAUAUCUCUGAAAAAGCCCAAAAAACCACCUCCCCCUCCUUCUAGGACAGACUCUCUCAGACGUCCACCUAAGAAAGACCUCCAAUCUAAUGGCCAGGUGCUUAAUGAAAAGCUUAUUGCCACUCUUCAGCAGUCAUUACAGUUAAACUUGAAGAGUAAAAGUGGCAGCUCACCAUCACAGAGUCCAUGCAGUGACUAUGAGGAUCCUUGGGUGCUGCGCUCUCGCAGUCAGAGCACAGUAAGUGCAAGUAGUAGCGGACUGUCUGCCACAGCUGCCAACAUGUACUCUAUUUGUCCUAUUACUCCCUCUCAUAGUGAGACAAGCAGCAUAAAAUCUGAAUACGCUGAUCAAUGGAGUUAUUACAUUGAUGAGCAACCAAAAUCUACAUUGCACUCCCCUAAGAAAUCAGAACAUUCUUCUGAACAACAAAUGCAUAGUGGCCUAUCCAAACCAAUUAACUCCUCUCCUGAAAAGCCUUGCAGAGUCACGUCACCUUCUAGUGGGUAUUCAAGCCAAUCAAACACCCCAACGAACCUAACACCUGUCCCACUGCUCAUGAGAAGUAUGUCUCCAGGAACUGGAAAAAAUAAAGUAAAGCCCAAAGUGCCUGAAAGAAGAUCUUCUCUAAUAUCAUCAGUCUCUAUUUCUUCAUCAUCAACUUCUCUUUCAUCAAACACAUCAGACUCUGCACAGCAGGCUAUCAAAAAAACUACAAUGGUCUUGCCAUCCUCUCCAACGCCCUCCCUUACACCAGACCCACCCCCUCCACCUAUGAUAAAUGUGGUUGACAAUGGUACUUUGCCACCAUCUCCAAAUUUACCACCUCCACCUCCAGAGGCAGCAGUGUUUCUAUCACCCGGGGACAAUCUUUGGCUAUCACAUUCAGAAAACAUUGAUAAAUGUACACAAAAGCCCUAUCCCCCACAAGCUCCUCCCCCUCCUCCUCUUCCCACUUUGCACUUCAAGACAGGGAAUGCUAGGUUUGUUAAUCCACUAAAUAUCCCCCCUAAUAAACAAGAAUUAGUAAGUCCAAUUGCUCCUCUUAUUACUGCUCAGGCACUGCAAAUGGUGCAGUUAAAGUCUAUUAAAAAAGCAUCACAACCAGAAGCUGAAAAUAUAGCUGAGCAGGUGCCACAGCCAGAACUUCAGUAUGUAACGUCACCCAUAUUUUCACGGCCAUCUUCAGUGCCAUCUGUCUCCUCAGAUCUCAGUUACAGUAAAAGCAUUAGAGAAAAUAAAAAUGUGAACUUGCAUGUUGAGCAGCUACAAUACUCAGAUUCUUCGAACAAGUCAGCUAGAUUUACUACUGUUGAAAAUACAAACGACGGAGGCAGAGAAGAAGAAUAUCGGGAUUCAGCACUCAAUGGAGACAAAUCUAUGUUGUCCGAAAUGUCAUCGCCACAAAAGAAAGCAAGUACUUCCAAAAGUCCGCCAAAUGCAUCUCCAAACAAGAAGCCUCCUCCUGUUUCAAAGAAGCCCAAAUUGUUCCUUAUCGUUCCACCUCCGCAGCUUGAUUUGGCAGCAGAAAAAAUAGCUCAAGUCAAUGAAAAUGUGAGAAGCAUGCCAAAAGCCUCUGAGAAGGAUUCUGUAAGCGAACAUUGUGAGGAGGUAAAUGGUCGUACAGCAGGAGAAAACAGUUUAGAAGAGGCUGCAAGUUUGAACUGCCAAGCAGGAGAAGAGACCGUGUCAUCUUGCAAAGUUGCAGAGGACAUCACAGUUUUUACUUUGUCUCCUGCUCUGGAGAGCCCAAAUCACCAGGAAGAGGAGGAGCAGCCUACAAUGUCUGAUGAGGCCAGCGUCCCAGAUGGCAAGAAUGGGAGCACAAACUGUGACCAAAAUAUAUUCCAGGAAGAUGACACUGCUGAUGUUUUUGAAACAAAAACUGCAAGUUCACCCCGUAUACGGACCAAUGACAGAUUUGAUGGCAGGGAUGAAAUGUUAACUCCAACCAGACCUAGGACUACUGAGGAUCUGUUUGCAGUCAUUCAUAGAUCCAAAAGGAAGGUUCUUGGUCGUAAGGAUUCUGAUGAUGAUCGUGGUAGAAAUCACUCACCUUCACCACCAGUCACACCAACCGGAGGAGUCCCAAAUGUGAGCUCCUUUAAGCAGCCUGGAGCAAUCCAAAGGAGUAUCCGGAAGACUAAUACCAGCAAUGAUAAUUUCAAAGCUCUGUUACUGAAAAAAGGAAGCAGGUCGGAGUGUGGAUCUCGCAUGUCUGCUGCGGAAAUGCUGAAGCACACUGACCCAAGGUUUCAAAGAUCGCAAUCGGAUUCAUCAGUCGAGCAGCCAGACAGUCCAACGUUGAAUUCCCCCAGCAAGAAUAAAAGGGCACAGGAGGAAUGGGCAAAGAGUGAGGGAAUAAUGCCAAGAAGCAUGUCAGUUUCUGGGACUAGGUACAGCCGCUCCAGAACGCCACCGUCUGCAGCCAGCAGUAAAUACAAUGUCCGAAGCCGCCUUCAGAGCAGUCCCAUGACAGUGAUUUGUGAAUGGGAAGGAGAGAUGGCUGAUGCAGUAGAAAAUCGCUGUACAAAGGCUCCACUUAUGAGCACAAUGAGCUUGGACAGGUGUCAAAGAACUAACUUUGAGCUGAAUGACUCUGUUGGUGCUGACAGUUUCCAGCCCAGAGUUCACAUAGACUUGAUGAGUAGAUUUUCAGAUGUCAGCCCAAGCAAAGACAAUGAUUCUUCAUAAGAAAAUAGCUGGGGGGUGCUAAGGGGUGGUGUGUCAUGAAAUGUAUCAAGCACAUCCCUAGAAAGCAGAGAGAAUGCUAUGAUCGCAAAAGCAAUGUUGCACAUUGCCAUGCACUUGGUGUCUGUAUAGUAAAUGCUUUAACAUUGCAGCUUCUGUGAGUAGGCAUUUAGUGGGAUUGACUUAGUAUGCAGCACCUGCAAGACAGAGCGGUGAAACCAAAGUUGGGAAAGAGAUCUAGAACCCCAAUGCCUGCAUUGGAGCUUAUAAACACACCUCAAGGAAACAGCUGCCAAGAACAUGCAUCCAGGCAUGAGGUAAUGGGUUGGAUAUGCUAUUUAUAUUUAGGUUUAUAAAUCAUAGUGACAUCUACUAAACAGGGUAUAAUGGGUCAUAGAUGCACUGCUGGCAUGACUUCCUCUGGACAUAUUACACUGAGUACAAUUAGUGGGCUUGUCAAACUAACCCAAUCAAAUUGCUGGUUUGUGAUUUCUUUGGUACUGUUUUUCUUUUCCGGGUUUACUUUUCUUUUCUCUUAAUAUCGCAGUUGAGUCACCUCUCGAGUAUUUUCAGCUGCUGUGCAGCGGUACAAGCCUAGGGUUUACUUAUGUAGAAAAAAAUGCAGCAUUGAUUAUAUAAUCAGCCAUAUAAACAUAUUGCCACCUCAUAAAACUCAGAAAACAAAAUGAUUUUUUUUUUUUAAAUGCAAAUAUACAUUGCAGAAUGAUUGCUACAACAACAAAACUGGAAAUGUACAGGACCCCACAUGAUGCUGCAAUGACCUGCAGUGCACUCUGUUGCGUUGCUGGUCCAUGUAGUUACAAUCUGGGGUUUUUGUUAAUAAACACUAUGUUUUCCACUUGUUUCCUUACUCAGACUGUGUACUUGCACUACAGAGAUGUUUGCGUAACCAUAAACUUUAAUGCUUGACAUUCAUUUUAAUAUGCUAACAUAAAAGACAACUAAAUAAAACAA